UUCAGGCCGGACCCAUAACGGGUUUUGUUGCCAAUCUGGUGUUACAGUCAAUUAUUUUUCUUUCCUUUUUGUGUUUGCAACUUUGCAUUUUUUUAAAUUCGAAAUGAUAAUGGUAGGGAAUAGGAAUUUUUCCACGUAGAAACUAGAAAGUACAGUUGAUAACAAACCUUCACCAACCCACUCUUGAAUUUUGCAAGUCAAACUUGACAAUACUACCAAAAUAGGUGAUCAAAAUCACACACAAAAAAAGUUUCUUUCACAUUUCGCAUUCCAUUAAAUUCUGAUUUUCAUUUUCAUACCAACUACUUGCUUGCGAACCUGGUGGAGAAGGAGUUUCUGAUUUUGCCUGAACAGUAGCUGUGAAUUUGGAGAUGGCAGCGCUGGGUGAAUGGCACUGUGAGAAAAGAACUUAUGGAAAGAAAGAGUCUUUUCCUAGAGAGAAUGAGAAUGUUCCAGAAACUGGGUGUCUCUCUAUCAUUGUUCUUGGUGCUUCCGGUGAUCUUGCCAAGAAGAAGACUUUUCCUGCUCUUUUUAACCUUUACCGUCAGGGAUUUUUGCAAUCAAAUGAGGUUCACAUAUUUGGUUAUGCAAGGACUAAGAUCUCAGAUGAUGAGCUGAGAGAACGGAUCCGGGGGUAUCUUCCCCAUGGGAAAGAAGGCAUGGAAGAUGUGUCAAAUUUUCUGCAGUUGAUUAAAUAUGUGUCUGGCGCUUAUGAUGCUCCCGAAGGUUUCCAAGCCCUAGACAAGGCAAUAUCCCAGCACGAAUUCUCGAGGAACACUACAGAGGGAACAUCCCGCAGGCUUUUCUACCUUGCACUUCCCCCAUCAGUGUAUCCACAAGUCUGCAAAAUGAUUAAGUAUUAUGCCAUGAAUAAAUCUGAUCUUGGUGGGUGGACUCGUAUUGUUGUUGAGAAGCCUUUCGGCAAGGAUUUGGCUUCAGCAGAGGAACUGAGCUCCCAGAUAGGAGAAUUAUUUGACGAACCGCAGAUUUAUCGUAUAGAUCAUUAUCUGGGGAAAGAAUUGGUGCAGAACUUGUUGGUACUUCGUUUUGCGAAUCGUUUAUUCUUACCUCUCUGGAACCGUGACAACAUUGCGAAUGUACAGAUUGUGUUCAGAGAAGAUUUUGGAACCGAGGGGCGAGGUGGAUAUUUCGAUCAGUAUGGAAUUAUUCGUGAUAUAAUCCAAAAUCACCUACUGCAGGUUCUGUGCCUUGUCGCCAUGGAAAAGCCUGUAUCUUUGAAGCCUGAGCAUAUUCGAGAUGAGAAAGUCAAGGCAUUUUGUGGAUAUUGUGUACUUAAAUUCUGUGUGCUUGCUCAUUACUGCUGGAGAUAUUUCACUUUUCCAUUAAAGCGUUUAGUUGGAACUCAGGUUCUCCAAUCAGUUGUCCCAAUAAAAAAUGAAGAGGUGGUCUUAGGACAGUAUGAAGGAUACAAGGAUGAUCCUACAGUUCCAGCCAACUCAAAUACUCCUACUUUUGCAACAAUGAUCCUUCGUAUACAUAAUGAAAGAUGGGAAGGUGUUCCCUUUAUACUUAAGGCAGGGAAGGCCUUGAAUUCAAGGAAAGCAGAAAUACGGGUUCAAUUCAAGGAUGUACCCGGUGAUAUCUUUAGAUGUCAAAAGCAGGGAAGGAAUGAAUUUGUGAUCCGCCUGCAACCUUCAGAGGCCAUAUACAUGAAGCUAACAGUCAAACAGCCUGGGCUGGAAAUGUCAACUGCCCAAAGCGAACUGGAUUUGUCAUACAGGCAACGCUAUCAAGGGGUUGUAAUUCCGGAGGCUUACGAACGCCUAAUUCUAGACACGAUUAAAGGCGAUCAACAACAUUUUGUCCGUAGGGAUGAGUUGAAGGCUGCAUGGGAGAUUUUCACUCCAAUUCUUCACCAAAUAGACAAUGGAGAGUUUAAAUCUCUUCCUUACAAGCCCGGUAGCCGGGGCCCGGCGCAAGCGGAUGAGCUGUUAGAAAAGGCAGGCUACGUGCAAACACAUGGCUACAUAUGGAUCCCCCCAACCUUGUGAUAAUCUACAUUUAUGCAAAGUUAAAGCCUUGAGCUGAGAAGUCCAUGUUCGAAAAAUUUGUGGCAUUAUGAUGUAUCAAAAGCGCUUAAUUAAAAUGCAAUAAAAUUAUGUGUGUCUAGAAGAUAAUGAAAGUGGAGGCGUGAUUGAAGCAAUGCUUUGAUGACUUGAUGUAAUGAAAAAUGUUGAGCCCUUGUGUGCGAAUAAUAUUUCGUAUUGCUUUUAAUCUAUAUAUCAAUAUAAAAAGGUUUGUAUUUAUGUUUUUCCAUAAAAAAAAUCUUGUUUACAUGGAGAGUUUGUAUAUUAAUUUC